CUCCCUCUGUGCGUUAUUAUUGUUAGACAGAGUAAUGCUGUUGUGUGUUUUUAUUUGUGGUUAGAUGAGAGGCUCGUUACCAGAUCUGUUGGCCUGGUGUCCCUGAAAUACAAUCAAGAUGAAACAUUGUCCUGAUCACUGAUCACAUUUUACAGUUGAAGGUUAAUGGGGACCAUAAUUAAAAGUAAUCGGACCAGCCUUAAUGAGCGCAGCAACUUAAAAAAAUAACAUAGGCUACUAAUGAUAGAGUUGUGGUUCAAAUAGGACUGUUUCUCAACUCCUGAUGUGUAUGGGUUAGGUGUCCAUGUGAUCAGUUGGCUGUAGAUAUAGGGCACUAGUAUUUCCAGCCAUUUUCCCUGCAUAGCAGUGUUAUGGAGUAGCAGCAUAGGUCUACAUUAUAAUACGUUAAGUAUUCAUAAUUAAUGUCCUCAGAUUUAGAGCUCUUUUUUUUUAUCAGGGUAGCCUAGAAUAAGAAACUACUUCUCCUUUAUGGUCAAAGUAUUUUAUCUUCAAUUGUGCAGUUUGACAUGGUCAUUCUGUACAAUACAAUUCUUAUGACAAGACAAGGCUCAUCCAUUGCUCUCAAUCUCUUAAUCUUUGUUUCUAAGCAGCAAGAAUACAGAGUCCUCUUCCUCGGCUUUGGGCCUAUCUCCUCUGGGUUGCCUGUGGCGCAGUUACAUUUCUCAGGUCCAUGUGCACGGAUGGACCCGGGCCAGUCUGUGUGUGUGGUGGCUAUGGUCUGCACAGCGCACAUUUAGCUGCACAUUUCCAGAGCAGUAUCUUGGGUCCAAUUAAACUUCUUAAUGUUGCAUUAGCCUAAUAUGCACGUUUGAAUGCAGAGUUAUGUCAGGGUUCAGGCUGAAUGUUUAUAUCAGGGUUGUGCUCGAUGGCUUCUCAUUUGCUCGUUAUUUUACACAUCAUGUCAACGUUGAUUGUCAUGGUUGAAUAUCUCUGACUUAUGUAGGCCUACGAUUUGGUUUUGGGAUUCUGUAGCAUGUAAACUAUUAUGUCUACACAUUAUUUAUUUUAAUAUAAAUAAACGCUAAAGAAAACAUGCUAGUAUGCGAACAAUAACAUAUCAUAUUUUUCUCUGUUCCAUAAACAGACUUAGGAUUGGUCCUGUCUAGAAAGGGGUGGUAGCCAAACAACUACACUCCUCACAAGUCAAGCAUAUGGGGUGACCCCCUUUUCAAUGUUUUGCGUUCCCUAAAGUCAUCUCUGCCUUCUGAAAUAUUUUGAAGAUGUAUACUUCAAUGGUAGAGGCUUAUAUGAAUGGACCAACAGAGUAUUAACAGAUUCAUGAGAAAGCAAACAAGUGCUUACUUAUUGAUAGGAUUGUACAGGGCGCUAUAUCUCAGAAUGAAUAAUGAUGUUGUCUACCAUUCACCUCAGGUCUAGAUCCAAACACGUCUGCCUUCGUUGGCAACUGAACGUCGUGUUGAAUGAUUGGUGGAGAAUUGGGUGAACUGCAGAUACUCUGUCUAUCUGUGUGCAUGUCUGUUUUUCUGCUCAUGGCUUCAUUGGUCGUUGGAUAUGUAUUGGACUGGGUUGUAACCUAGUCUGUGAAGGGCUACAAUUUACAUUAUCAGACAAAUCAGCCAGUUUGAAAGAACAUUUAAUUUAGAAAUACAAUUAACACAUAUGUAACAUGCAAAUAUUAUAAAUAUAUAUCUUUUGGUUUUGUUGUAACUUGGGAAAAGCUCUUCUCAAUCAGAUGGUUGGCUGUGUGGAAUAGAGAAUCCGUGGGACAUUAUGCACAGUAUUAGUUCAGUUGAGUGUAUAGAGGUCAGUCCUGUAUUGACUAAACGCAGAAUGCAUGUCAGCAUGUCAACAUUAAAAAAAUAGAUGUUAAAACAGCAGAGUAGACUAGCUCCCAUUUCAACAUGCCUGCAUUCCCAUUUUGAUAAUGUCUCGGCCUAGGCUAUUGUUCAAAGAACAAUAAAUAUAAUAUAUGCCUAUUUAAUUAUUUAACUUUGUUGAUUAAUCUUGUGUCUGAAUCGUUUGUGUUUUGUACUUGGCCAUAAAAUACAACUUAAUCCAAUUCUCUGUACAAUUUGUAAGAGGAAAAGCAAUGUUGAAUACUUAACAUUAAACAUAUGAAUCCUUUUAAUCAGCACCACAGCUAACAUUUCUCAUCAUAACAUUGCAUCAUUUGCCGUGUCAUGCUUCAAUUCCAUUCCUGCUUCUUGAAUCCUUUAGUUUUAUUUUCCCAAUUGUAUAUAUUUUAUACAUUAUACAUAAAAUAAGAUGAUAAACAGCAUGUUUUAAAAGGAAAAGUAGUAUCUGUGGAAAAGGUGGGAGUUGUUUGGGUCAGAUGCUUGAUCACUGCCUAGAUACAUUUUCUAAUAUUAGAACGUUUCCUUGAUUUGCCCGGCUUCUCUGGUGACUCGGGAUCACAUGGUCAGAGCAGCAGCCAAUCAGAUCACAGGGUGAGCUUUCCCUCUCUCUAGCAACAGUGAGUUACUCGCUGCCUAUUCAUUAAUUAUUUUCCUCCACUCUCCCCAAAGCCUGUUUGGACUCAGCCGAUAGCUAAGUGCGCCUCUCUCCCCCCCCUCUCUCUUUCUCCCUCACUCUCCUUCUCUCUCUCUCCCACUCUGUUGUUGCCCUUCUCUCUUCAACUCAGUCCUGUAUAAAGUCUUUAAAAGAGAUGGAUUCAGUGACGGGAAGCCGACUAACCACUGCUGCUGCCUGUCUGAAGUCAGAGCAACUCCUACAAUGUCAGAGUGGGGAAACAGAGAGACGCUUCUUCUUCCAACUCCUAGGAGUUGCAGCACUUCUUCUGCUCUGGAGAAAUGUGAUAAAUCAGGACGACCAUAUCAGUGGACAUCUCCUCGCUUGCUCCUGCGUUUUCUCCUCAUCCUUCCCCUUCUUCUUGCUUCCCUCUCUUUUCCACAACACUAUGGUGAAUUUAGGAAAACAUGGAGUGUGGAAAAGGCAACUGGACUUUUUUUCCCUUCUUGGUUGGGACAUAAUCAGUGUCCGGAACAUGCGGAUCCCAGAGAGAAGCGAGGGGGAUUAAGGAACGGGCCGGCCUCCGCCUCUCGUGCCUCGGACCGGACCGCUGGUGGGUCUCGGCGCGUCGAGACGUCAGCGACGGAAGGACCCUCCUUUGGCCGGCCAGCGCUCCCGGACGGAGCGCCGAGCAGGCGGCUCCAAUAGCACCCGGCCAGCCGGUCUUUUGCCGCUUGAAGGAGCAUGUUGCCAACGCUCUCCCUCUGCUCCAUCGUUUGGCUCAACCGAGGCAUCAAGCUGAGGAAAGUGCUCCGGCGCUCGGCGACCAACGCUGGUCCACUCUGAGGGGCGGUCCUGCCGCGAGGAACAGCGGACACAGCGGCGGUACUCCCCCAACCACCCCGUUAUCGCUUUGGAAAUGCUUCUAAGCUUCGGGUGACUGUAUUCUCCCUCCCCUCCCCCCCCCCCCCCCCCCCCCCCCGCUCCUCCCAUAAGCCACCGUACUCCACACCGUGUGUUUCUGGGGGGGGUGAAGAAAAAAGAAAUCCGGUCGAGCCAUAAACAAUAAGUGGCAUUUGGACCCAUAGUCAGCCAUUUUACCUCCCUCCUCUCUUCUGGUGGCCAUUUUGUUUUGAGCCUGCCUGUUCAAAAUGGCGGCAGAGGGCUUCCAGUACCGCGCCCUCUACGGGUUCACCAAGGACCAGGAGGAGGACCUGGACCUGCAGUCCGGGGACCUGCUGACGGUCAGCAAGGCCUCGCUGCUGUCCAUGGAGAGCUACCAGGACGGCUGCAUCGAGCGCCCCGAGCGCCUGGGCUGGCUGCUGGGCUUCAACGAGCGCACCAAGCAGCGCGGGGACUUCCCGGGGACCUACGUGGAGUACGUGGGGCCCGUGAGGAUGGGACACCCGUCCAGCCAACCCCGGUCCCAGCGGCCCCUCCCCGCUGCCCCGCGACCGGACGCAUCACAAGCUGUGCCCGCGCCAGACCUGAGCGAGCAGUUCACACCGCCACAGAGCGCCCCCCCAGCCCUCGUCAGCCUGCUGCACGCCAUCGAGAAGAGAGGACUGGACUCUAAGACCCUGUACCGGACAGGCAGCCUGGCCCCAGAGAGCCCCGUGUACAGCCUGAGCACUGAGGGGGAGCUGUUCCAGAGCGACGUGUGCUUCCUGUCGGAGGGGGUGAUCAGCUACCUGCGGGAGCUCCCGUCGCCGGUGGUCCCCGCCUGCGUGUACCCCGCCCUGCAGGCCGCGCUGCAGCAGCAGCAGCAGCCCCUGGAGCUGUCCGCCGACGGCGCGGUGGCCGGCAGCCAUGGCCGAGAGGUGAGCCUGGCGCUGGAGACCUCCCCCGGCGUGCCCCCCCACCACCGGCUCACCCUGCACUGCCUCCUCACCCACCUGGCCAAGGUGGCCCAGACCCAGGCCCACAACGGCCUGGACCCCCGCACCCUGGGCCAGAUCUUCGGGCCGCUGCUGAUCCGCCCUGGCUCCACCGCCCCCGGCCUGACGCUGGAUGAAGGCUUUCCUGCCAUGGUGCUGGAGAGACUUGUGAUGGAGCGCGCCGUGGAGCCCGACCUGGCGCCUCCAGCUCUCCCAGCCAAGCCAGUGAAGACUAAGAUGGUCCCGCCAGCAGUGACAGAUGUGUGCAGCUUGUUAAACGACGCUGAGUGGUACUGGGGAGAGAUCUCCAGGGAGGAGGUGAACGAGAAGCUGCGGGACACCCCGGACGGGACCUUCCUGGUGCGCGACGCCUCCAGCAAGCUGGAGGGAGAGUGCACACUGACCCUCAGGAAAGGCGGCAACAACAAGCUGAUCAAGAUCUACCACCGGGACGGGUGCUACGGCUUCUCGGAGCCCCUCACCUUCCUGUCGGUGGUGGAGCUCAUCCACCACUACCGCCACGAGUCCCUGGCCCAGUACAACGCCAAGCUGGACACCCGGCUCCUCUACCCCAUCUCCAAGUACCAGCAGCUGGUGAAGGAGAACAGCAUCGAGGAGGUGGGGGAGCAGCUGAAGGUGUACCACGAGCAGUACCAGGAGAAGAGCCGCGACUACGACUCCCUGUACGAGGAGUACACUCGCACCUCCCAGGAGCUGCAGAUGAAGCGCACGGCCAUCGAGGCGUUCAACGAGACCAUCAACAUCUUCGAGGAGCAGUGUGAGACCCAGGAGCGCUACAGCAGGGAGUCCCUGGAGCGGUUCCAGCGCGAGGGCAACGACAAGGAGAUCCAGAAGAUCCAGAGCAACUCGGAGCGGCUGAAGUCCCGCGUGACGGAGAUCCACGACAGCAAACGCAAGCUGGAGCAGGACCUGAGGCAGCAGGUGUCGGACAACAGGGAGAUCGACAAGAAGAUGAACAGCCUCAAGCCCGACCUGCUGCAGCUCCGCAAGACCAGGGACCAGUACAUCAUAUGGCUGAACCAGAAGGGGACGAGGCAGAAGAAGAUCAAUGAGUGGCUGGGCAUUAAGAACGACGCUGAUGACUCGUACUCGCUGGUGCAGGAGGACGAGAGCUCGCCCCACCACGACGAGUGCACCUGGUAUGUGGGCGACAUCAAGCGCACCCAGGCCGAGGAGCUGCUCAGAGGCAAAUGCGACGGAACCUUCCUCAUCCGCGAGAGCCAAUCACAGAAGGGCUCCUUUGCCUGCUCUGUCGUUGUGGAGGGCGACCCCAAGCACUGUGUGAUCUUCCAGACGACCACAGGCUACGGCUUCGCCGAGCCUUACAACCUGUACCCUUCCCUCCAAGCCCUGGUGCUCCACUACAAGAACGUGUCUUUGGUCCAACACAAUGACCAGCUGAAUGUAAACCUAGCCCACCCGGUGCUGGCCCGCUCCCAGAACCAGAACCAGAACCAGCACCCCAGAUGAGCUGGCAGGCCCAGCACAGUACAGUAGUAGUACACUAACCCCCCCCCCCUCCCCACCCCCACCCCCACCCCACCUCCACCACCCAACCACACCCAGGAUGGAGAGAUUCAAGUACUUCAACGUCGUUCUCAGUGACGAAAGAACCCAAUGUUUUUUUCUGUUAGUUGCUGAAAUCCACCAUUUUGUGAACAAUGGUUGUUAAUUUGUUCGUCUAAGUGGCCGGCACCAUUCCGGCGAGCACAGCGAUUCGCCGGUGUUUGGCUGGCGGCCGGUGCUGAUUCCACCCUGACGAUUUUAACCAUAAGGUCAGCAUUUAAAGAACAAGAAAAUAAGCACAUGCCCGUUGACAACGGAGACCUGUACAGUGUCCGGGCCGACGCCACCGGCAGCGGCACAAGGAGCGAGAGAGAGCGUUCUCCUGCCAUUAGACAGCCAUAACUGUACAGAGUCAAUUACAAGAUAAAAAAAAAAUACCUUUGGUACAAAAACUCCUAAUACCAAGUCCUACACUUGAUAGUGUUGUUGAUCGAGGUCGGAGGAGCAGGUCAGCGAGCGAAGCGCGAUCCAAGCCCCCCCCCUGUGGAGAGACGUAAACACACCCACGAGGAGGACGCAGGAUACAGACGGACACAAGAGGGGGGGAAAGAUCCUUUUAUUUUUUAUCUUUGUCUUUCGACAAAUGCCUGAACUGUCGGCCCCCCCCACCACCCCCUCCAGGAAGACACACUCGCGUUGCCACACACAGGCUGUUUGCAUCGUUGUGUUUGUGGACUUAGCUGCCGUCAGGAAGAGACGCCUUGGACCCCGUGUGGGGGACUGGUUGGGUGGGGUGGGUCAGCUUGGGUCUCUCGGUUGAUGGAUUGCAAUUCAAAGCGUGAUUAAGUGCCAUAGUUACAGCCCUGAGCGACCGAGGACUCCAGGGAGCGGAGAGGGGGGAGGGGGGCCGGCGGUUGGACGGAGGAGGCCUGCAGCUUUAAGAAAAAGAAAGUUAUAUAUAUUUUUAAUGAAAAAAUAUUGUUGGCUGUGGCUUCAUGUGGCGCUCUUUCUCUCUCUCCCGCUCUCCCUCCUAGGCUCGAUGGGUUCCCGGGCCCGACUGUUGAGUUUGUGGAUGAGGUACUGACCGUGACGGAGUCACGUGGUACAUGUUUGCUAUAUUGUGAGUAUACAGUACACUGUAAUCACAGUACACUAGAUAGUGUGGUAUGUUGAUAAAUGCAGUUAUAUAUGCUCCAGGAUUCCCUCCCUUAAGUCCCAGGUUGGGAGAGUCUCCUUAACCAGCUUUCUUUCUUUCUUUCUUUCUUUCUUUCUUUCUUUCUUUCUUUCUUUCUUUCUUUCUUUCUUUCUUUCUUUCUUUCUUUCUUUCUUUCUUUCUUUCUUUCUUUCUUUCUUUCCAUCUGUUUUAAUACUGUAGCGACCUUUAGUUUAUUGGGGCUAAAAGACAUAACUGUUAGUGAUCCUCUGAUUUUAUUUUUUCUAAUUUCUAUAUGCUAAUGACUUUACGAAGCAUCCAUCUAUGAUGUGAUUCUCGUGUCCUAUCCGGUACUGUAUUUGCUUUGUCUCUAGCUAGGUAGUUGUAUUUACUGGCCCAGUUGUUUUCUCAGAUGUCAGAAUAUUUGAUAUUUCAGUUAUUCAUGGUACUCCCCUCGCGCCCUCCCCCUCCUCUCUGCGCUUGACUGUUGAUGUUUUUUGUCACCGACUGUAUAAUAUUAAUAGGCAGAGAAAAAAAACUUUGAAAAGAUAGUACGCUUCCAAAAGAGAAGCAGAACUUAGAACCUAAAUAUUCACACGCAGACACACGUGCAAACAGAUUUUGAUUUGGCACAGUUUCAUUGCUGUAUUUGUUUUGUCUCUUUGUUUGUCCUUUUUAUUUUCUUGCAUUUAAUUUGUUUUGGUUGCUAUGCUCUCAGAUUCUGUUUCGGGAAGUACUCAGUACCCAGCUAAUAUGAGCCAAAUGAAGGAUGUCUUUUCAUGUAGCACAAAAAAAAAGAAAAACCAAUCCUUUACCAUUCAUGAUGGCCACAUUGGUCUGAAAGGUGAUCUAGUACAGUAUGCAUGGCGUGUCUCCACAGGAGUCCCUCUAGCACUAGUGCUUCUAACUUGUGCUGUCUGUUUGUGUUUCUGUGUAUGUGUGUUUUCAGUGCAUACGUGUUGUAGUUGUAGGACUAUGCACAAGACGUUAGAAACGUGGAUAGGAAUAGGGUUUCACUUUUAUUUGCAGGCAAACUUCCCAGGGCAACUUCCUUCCACAAAUUAAGUCAUUCUUUAAGUCUUUCAUUCUUGAACCUCCUUCCAUUGUGAGACCACUGCGUGGAUUGAGAAGCGCACCAUCUCUAGUUGUGUCUGUCUCUACCUAAAGCACAGUUGAAGCUCCAAGCAGGAAAGGCGCAAGGACGAGGCACCACAUCACUGACCACAGUGAGAAAGAUGAAUCUGGCCAAAUACUGAGGGGCUGCUUGGCCUGCGGUGAUGGUUGCAUGACCACCAGGCGCUGGCCUGUACAGUGGGUUUGAAUGGAGAAAAAAAAAGGAAAGAAGAUGAUAAAGUAACCGAUAUUUUUGUAGAAUGUGUGUAGAGUAACCUAAAUGGUAAGCUAGUGAGUGAAAAGAUUGCAAUAUUUUUUUGGAGAGUAGCAUGUUUGGAUAAUCUUUUCUGUUUUGAGUGCAAAAUUCUUUCAAAUGUUCUAUCAUGUAAAAAGAAAAAUGGCUUCUCUCUUGAUUAACUUUAAUGCAAAGCGUUUGAAGUCUCUUUUUUUUGUCAUCUGGUUUAUUAAAAAAAAUACUUUGGAUAUAAUCUUUAAUCAACAAGAAAUCUAAGUUGUCAAAAUGUUUAUGGACAUGAACAUCUCACUGAUAAAGAUAAAUAUACAGAGAAACGGUUGAAUCUUGAAGACUAGAAGUGCCUUUUGCCCGCUAUAGUGAGGCCAUCUCUACUCUACUUAUCCGCCAUUGGAGACUCGCUCCUCAAGAUGGUGCCAUCGGCCCAUGCUGUGCUCAUUGUUUCAUGUCUGCCUGUGUUCAGCCCCGAUGUACGACUGCACGCAGGCCUGGUUGUUGCGUCUGGUCUCGAGUGUGGAUGCCUAAGCAGGGGUGUGUCAUGGCAUGUCAUAGCAUAGCGUAGCGAGUGAUUAGAGAAUUUAAAAGUUGUUGCCAUUGUAUUUUUUUUUUUUUAAACCUUUUAGUUGUUACAUAUUCCUUCUUUGUGUGGUGCGGGUGGAGGGGGGGGGGGGGGGUGUUCAGUGUCUUGGUGCUUUUAGCCCAUCAAGUACAAAGAAUGUUUUGUUUUGUCACAACCUAUUUUCAAUAUUUCAUCUUGUAGCUCUUAGAUGUGUUCUUUUGUUAAUGAGACCCAGAUCAGAUAGAGAUGUGAAGUGAGAGUAACCAGAGUGUAGAGGCCGUAGCUCUAUGGACAGAGGACCUCCAGCAUGCAGUAUUCCCCUCGUCUCGUCCACUCCCCUCACUGUGAGCCUGUUCUCUGAACUCCUUCACAGACCGCUGACCAUGACCAUACUGUCCGCUGGACCAACCGCUUUUUUUUUGUUGCACUUUCUAUUACUUUUUUUUCGAAGCAAUGCAAAUACUCUUAUUAGUUGUUGUUUUUUUUCGUUAUUUUUAAAUGUCUCUUUAGUUUGCUAUUCUUCUACAUAGUGUUCAUUCUCCAUGAUUGUUGUUGUGUAUGGGGGGUGACCGUUAUUGCAACCUCCAAAGGGGUUGGUUGGGUUGAGAAUACCUGGAGAAAACAUGGGCACCACCGUCGACGGAAAUUAGUGUGCUCGUAGAUUUUCACAUAACAACUCCACUUGUAGAAAUGAAUUUUGGACAGUUAAGCGACGUCGUCAAGAAACCAGUUUUUUAAUAAUAAUUACAUAUGAAGCGAAUAAAACAAAAAUCGGCUCCCUUUUUUGUACAAAACAAAUCCAUCCUCUUUAGGAAUAUUUUUACAAGUACUCUUUUUUUCGUGGUUCACUCUACAUUGCGCAGUAAAAAAAAUGGUCCUCACUGAUUGAGAAGAGCGUGAUAAAGGCAAACGGGAAGAGAAUUUUAAUUAUGGAUACUUGGAAUACUUGGAACUGAGCUUCAUGUCAUUUGGUAGCAACUCUGCAAUUCUAAACUUUACUCUGGGUGAUGCUAUUAGAUUGUCCUGUAUUUUGUCUUUAAGAUUUCUUAUAAAAAUAUAUAUAUAUUUCAUCCGCUUUGGAACACUGUAAAGUAUAUUUCUUAAAAGAAUUGUAUUGUAGAUAACGCAAUCUUUCACACUAUACAAAGAAAGCAAGUAUAUUUGAUGUUUAUUUAGGUUUGACAAAUGAGAGGCUUAUUAGAAAAUAAAUACUUUUGAAAUAUAUCCUAAGAUAUCUAUAUUUUUUGAACGAUGUAACUCUGAUUUGGAUUAAACUUGAAACAAAUCAGAACGAUGUGAAAAGGAUCCUUUUGCAUCACUCCACAGCAGUUAUUAAACAAGACAUUUUGCAAGCGGUUUUUCUUUUGUGAAUCACAAGCACUCUGAAUAGUGGGCUUGGACAAACUUCCAGCAGACUUUGUAAUGGUGGUACACAGAGUCAAUGUAAGGUAGUACACGGUAUCAUCCUGUACACUCUCGAUGCAAGAAUCUCAUCCAUGUGUUACAUUUACAGAGCUGAUAAAUGUACACCUUAUUUUUUUAUCUUUUUGUUAAAUGAGGUCUUGGCUGCUUUUUUGUUUUAUACUGCAUACAUGAGACAAGUAAGAGUAGUCUUUAUUUGGGUUCUCAGUCGGGAGAAUUUGUUUUCCAUUAGGAAAAGGUUCUAUCUUGGAUAGUGGCCGUUUGCUAAACAUGUUAAGGUGGACGAGCGAUGCCGAGUGGAUCCAUGAUUUCACAGCGCCGGGAACACCCCAUCAGCUAUGGCCUAUUGGGAUAAGAUUUUCCGAGAGGGGCAUUUAGUGUUGAGAAAUACAUUGAGGCAAACUGUAAUGAGGCCAUUCUUAUUACGCAGGUAUUAAACAGGUACACGAUUCAGUCCUUCAGAAGCACUCCUCUGAAAACACACCUUUUUUUACAUUAAAGCAAUGAUGGCAUUAGAAAGUGCUUGUUUAUGGUGCCUGAGUAGAUUUGUAUUUGUUUGAUUUUAUUUGGCUUUAUAAAAAAGCAAAUAGAUUUUUUGUCUUUGUCAGUUUGUCAAGUUUGUUUGUUUGUGUCUGUUAAUAACCGUACAGAACCUAUAAAGAAAAAUAAGCUAGCUUGAAAAUUUCCUCCAUACAGUAAAGAAUACAAAUGUUUACAACAUGUAAUUAACCAAAUAGCAAGUAUGCGUUUCAAAAAAUCAGUCUGUCUGACCAUUGAAGUGACUGUGAUUGGUUGGAAUUUUACCCUUUCUUUUGGUCAUUGGAAACUUGAAAAAGUCAUGAUUGCUUGUUCUCUCUCUCUCUCUCUCUCUCUCUCUCUCUCUCUCUCUCUCUCUCUCUCUCUCUCUCUCUCUCUCUCUCUCUCUCUCUCUCUCUCUCUCUCUCUCGAAUGGUUCCCUUCCAAGUUUUAAUUUUCUGUUUUCUUUUUACUCUCCAAUACUGUGCUCCCUCACUAUGACAUAUUGUAAUUAUCACAGUAUCAGUCAAAAAGUUAGACAUUGAUUUUGUAGCCUCUGUGGCUACACAUUCGGGGCAACUUGGUGGACCGCUUCCACACUAAAUGUUUAUUCAUCAAGUCUCCUUUGAACCCUGCUGUCUAGCUCUCACCUGACCCGCAUACGUGCAGCGCUCACAUUAAACACAUGUUAUGGUUGUGCAUGUAUGUGUUUUUUCAUAAUAACUGAUAGGGGUGUAAAUCAGUUACAACAUGGUUGCAGUCUAUACAUCUCCAUUCUAUAGACUUUGACACUAGUUGCCAUGUCCUCCAAGUCAGGAGUUUGUUUAUGUGACGUUUAUGACUUGUAAAUGGGUUUGUGUGUCUUCAUGAUCGCGUCGUUAGAGAGCCAUACACACGGCUUGCACUACAUGUACUGUAUGGGUGUUAGCGUAUGUGUGUGUGUGUGUGUGUUCAGUUUGGACGGAGUCUGGGAAUGAUGGACGUCAGAUGCAUGCUAUUUUUUUUAUUUUGCACUAAAUGGUAUACAAGACACUACGAGAGCAGACAAUAAAAAGAAUGCAAAAAGGUGCUCGGUAGAAACAACUAGAUCGUUAAAAAACCAAAAUAUCUCAUACAAUUCUAGACCUGUUUGUGAUUUUGUUGCCCGGAUCCUCCUUCUCCUUCCUGCCACCACUAUCAAAUCUGUCAAACUCAUCACUUAGCAUAAACUUUGACCUUUCUAGAGAUUUCGGUCUAUUUGAUGUGACUGUAAUAGCAUUUUUCACUGUAUACUGUCUUCAUCUCUUAACCCCCCCCCCCAAAAAAAAGGCUUUGUUAAAUUUUCUGUGGCGUGUUCAAAGUGAUCGAUGCCUCGACACUUUGCUAGAGACUGGUUAGACGUGUCCCACCUUGCAGCCCGCAUACCGUUGGUUUCCUCCAGGGCACGAAUCAUAUCCUUGUCAUCAUGGCAGAACACUGCCUAAUGUAUCAGCAUAGCCUCCCACAAGCCUCUACUCUUUAAUCCUUUGGAUGUGUGGAAACGAAUGGGUGAAGUCAGUGGAUUGGGUGGUAGUACUCAGCCAGCAGAGAUAUAUGGGUUGAUGUGGUGGUGCACGAUCUCUAUGCACGUGAGACAAUUUCUGUUCUCUUAUCUUCCCCCCUUCUAUGUCUCAAUUCAAAUGCAACAUUUAUUUUCUGUCUUUCACAAGAAAGCUAAAGUUGAGUGUAUCUGUCAUGUACCUACCACUUGCUACAGAGUUAUUGUUUGUUCACACACAGGUACCCUUUCGUCUGUAUGGUCCUUACUUUAGGUUGAUAAAAAAGAAAGUACAAUAAAAGAUAUAUAAAAAUA